AUGCGUGAGGUUAUCAGCAUCAACGUCGGCCAGGCUGGUUGCCAAAUCGCCAACUCCUGCUGGGAGCUCUACUGCCUCGAGCACGGUAUCCAGCCUGAUGGUUACCUCACCGAUGAGCGCAAGGCCCAGGAUCCUGACCAGGGCUUCAGCACUUUCUUCUCUGAGACUGGUCAGGGCAAGUAUGUCCCGCGCACCAUCUACUGCGAUCUCGAGCCCAAUGUCGUCGACGAGGUCCGCACUGGCACCUACCGCAACCUGUUCCACCCCGAGUUGAUGAUCACUGGCAAGGAGGACGCCUCAAACAACUACGCCCGCGGUCACUACACCGUCGGCAAGGAACUCAUUGAGGGUGUCCUCGACAAGAUCCGCCGUGUUGCCGACAACUGCGUGGGUCUACAGGGCUUCCUCGUCUUCCACUCGUUCGGUGGUGGAACUGGUUCUGGUUUCGGUGCCCUGCUCAUGGAGCGCCUGUCCGUCGACUACGGCAAGAAGAGCAAGCUCGAGUUCUGCGUCUACCCUGCUCCUCAGACCGCCACCUCGGUCGUCGAGCCUUACAACUCCAUCCUCACCACCCACACCACUCUGGAGCACUCUGACUGCUCUUUCAUGGUCGACAACGAGGCCAUCUACGACAUCUGCCGCCGAAACCUCGGCCUCGAGCGCCCCAACUACGAGAACCUGAACCGCUUGAUCGCCCAGGUUGUGUCGUCCAUCACCGCCUCGCUCCGCUUCGACGGCUCCCUCAACGUCGACUUGAACGAGUUCCAGACCAACUUGGUUCCUUAUCCCCGCAUUCAUUUCCCUCUGGUUGCCUACGCGCCUGUCGUCUCCGCGGCCAAGGCCGCCCACGAGGCCAACUCUGUCCAGGAGAUGACCAUGGCCUGCUUCGAGCCCAACAACCAGAUGGUCAAGUGUGACCCCCGCUUGGGCAAGUACAUGGCCACUUGCCUGCUUUACCGCGGCGACGUUGUCCCCAAGGAAGCCCACGGUGCGGUUGCCACCCUCAAGACCAAGCGCACUAUCCAGUUCGUCGACUGGUGCCCCACUGGUUUCAAGCUCGGUAUCUGCUACCAGGCUCCCGAGAACGUGCCCAACGGCGAUCUCGCCAAGGUCAAGCGUGCUGUCUGCAUGCUGUCCAACACCACUGCCAUCGCCGAGGCCUGGUCCUCCCUGUCUGCCAAGUUCGACCUCAUGCACUCCAAGCGCGCCUUUGUGCACUGGUACGUUGGUGAGGGUAUGGAGGAAGGCGAGUUCUCCGAGGCCCGUGAGGAUCUCGCUGCCCUGGAGCGCGACUACGAGGAGGUCGCCGCUGACUCGAUGGGCGAGGAGGAGCUUGAGGCCGAGUACUAG